CUGGUUUUCAUCACAGACUGAGCCGGGGACACAGUGAGCGAGAGACAGCAAGGAGAGAUACUGAGGCAAGAUUCAGUAUGUAUGUGUGUGUGUGUGGAGUGUGUGUGUGUAUGCGUGCGUGCACUUGUAGCCAGUAAUUACCUUCCAGCUUCUGAACCAAUCAAGAGCUGUGGAGAGGAAUACAGAGGGAGGGAGUGUGCUUGGAUUUCUCAGUCCUUUCCCAGGCUGAGAGGUAGACAGGGCGUUUAUUGAAUCAGAGUCAGGGAAAAGGAACGGAAGUGUUUUCCUCCGGAGGAGAACAGCUCAUCCUUUUUCUGGUUUGUCGCAUCGUGUUGGCUGAAAACAGAUGGACAAGAUGAACCACAGCUCAGCUGAGGCGGAGGCUGAGACCAUAGAGCCGCUGCGUUUCCUCAGCAAAGGGGACAUGGCAGCCAUUGAGACAGAGCUGGUGAGGGACUAUAAGUUUGGACAACAGCAGCUGGUAGAAAUCUGGGGACAAGCAUGUGCCCUCGCCAUCACUAAGGCGUAUCCACUCAGCUCUCUAACGAAGAAGCAGCCGACGGUGCUGGUGAUCUGUGGCCCGGAUCAGAACGGCUCCAUCGGCCUGGUGUGUGCCCGACACCUGCGCAUUUUUGACUAUGAGCCCACCAUCUAUCACCCGAAACGUUCCUCUCACAGUCUGCACCAGGAUUUCACAGUUCAGUGUGAGAAGAUGGAUAUCCCUUUCCUCUCUUAUCUGCCCACAGAGGUGCAGCUCAUAAAUGAUGCGUACAACCUCGUGGUUGAUGCCAUGCUGGGUCUUGAGGAAGACUGUUCCAACAUCAAGGAGCCAUAUUCUGGUAUUCUGGCAACACUCAAGCAAAUCAAGAUUCCCAUUGCCAGCGUGGAUGUUCCCUCAGGUUGGGAUGUAGAAGAACCCAGUCAGGACGGAAUAAACCCGGAUGUUCUCAUCUCUCUCAUUGCGCCAAAGAAGUGCGCAACAAACUUCUCUGGGAAGCAUUUCCUGGCCGGACGCUUCCUGCCUUAUGACAUUCAGAAAAAAUAUGAGCUUAAUCUCCCAGAUUACUCCGGCACAGACUGUCUCAUAGAGCUGUAACACAAGGAAACGCGCCCACGGGGGCCGCCCUUCCCUUGUUUGUAUUUUAUAGAUUGUUCCUGUAUUUUAUUGUCAACAUCUCAGUUGUUUAGAUCCAAACACACAUUAGCCAAAUGUGGUGUUAAGCUAUCGUAGACGGGUGAUAUUUAGAACCAUGGCUAUUGUCAGUCGACUUGUAAAAGCUGUAGCAUUACACCGUUUCUUAUUUCCAGAGUCAGCAAAGAAAAAUGGCUUUUCCAUGAUGCUAAGUCACUGGAUCAUCCCUUUUCCCUCCAAAAAUAUCUUUCUUUUGAUGUCCCGCUGCUCUUUCAUUCUCAUGUUUACCUUGUGUUACCCUUAUAGCUCCAGUGUGCUGCUGAGACUACAGGUAAACGAUGGCGAUUAAAGAAAUGUUACAUUUUAUUUGUGUUUUUUCCUUAUUUAUCGACACUCCACAACUUAGCAUUACUUUUCUCUCAGUUACCUCAUUUACUCUUUUGAAAAAAGUUCAGACAUUUCUUGUUGACCAAUAAAAAUGGUAAAGUGGAAA